AUCAGUCUGUCCGUCAAAUCCGUCCUUUAUGAGCAGUAAAGCUGUCCGUAGCUUCAGAACGAAGGCUGUUUUCAGGAGAAUCAGAGUUUGUUCAUUUUUUAUUUAAACCUGAACUCGGGAGGGAAGCGUUUGUUUGUUGGAUUUGCCAGAAUGACGUCGGUCAGAGUUUCUCCUGUCCUGCUGUGUCUUCUCGUCUCUUACUCCGCCAUGCUCUCAACACAAAGCACCCCCCCCGAAGCCAGCCACUUUGCUGGGCCGGUCCAUUGUCCCGAAAAGAACUUGACCCGUGAAUCAUGUGGCCUGGUGUUUUGUCCCCCGUGGCAGUACUGUGUAAACGGAGAGUGCUCGUGUAAACCACCUUACCUGUGUCCCACAGAAGGUUUAUCCCCCGUCUGUUCCCAUGACAACAAGCAGCUCCGCUCCUACUGCCAGGCGAUGGCUGUUUCCUGUCGGACCCAGAAGCCGUUCAUGUCUCAUUUUGGGGGAACCUGCACAGCUGAUCAACCAAAGUUCAGAGGUUCAAUAGAGGACGGCACCGGAGUGAUCAGGCUCUUUGUUCCCAGCACCGGAGGAGGUGGCGAGGAGGUUCUGGUCUGUCAGGAGCUGUGGGACACGGCUGCCGCUAACGUGGCCUGCAAGGCCGGCGGAAACCCACUCGGUGCCGCGUCUGCCGGUACCGUGUCGUAUAUUUCUCUGAAGAGCUACCAUGACGACCAGCAGUUGCCCGAAAAAUGUGUGAGUGUCCGUUGCCAAGGGUACGAGAGCUCCCUGGCGGAGUGCGUGCUCUACGACAAGACCGCCAUCGACAAGCAGGAGAUCGCCACUGCGACCUGCGUACAGCCAUCAGAAGAGGAGUGUGAGUUCAGGUGUGUGAACGGGAAGUGUGUUUCCCUCAGUCAGACGUGUGAUGGAGUCGACGACUGUGGCGACCGCAGUGACGAAAUGUGCUGCAAGAAGUGCAGGAACGAAGCUUUCCGCUGCAGCACAGGUGUGUGUUUGCCUAAAGAGGCGGUCGGCGACGGACAGAUCGACUGUCUGGACGGCGAAGAUGAAUCAAAGAAACACACAAAUCUGCAGGCUUCACUCCCUCUUCCCUCAAACACAGAGUACAUCUCUCCUCGAAAUGAAACGAAGGUCAGCAGAAUUCACAUGGAGUCCAGGUUGAGCUGCGGGAUUCCCAAAACAAGCAGCGUCGAUGUCGAGGAUGAAGAGCGGGGAGGAGGACUAGUACGAGUUAAGAGAGUGUUGGGAGGACAGAUAGCACAACGGACUCAGAUCCAGUGGCAGGUCGCUAUCGAGCUGGACAGAAGGCAUCACUGUGGAGGAGCUUAUAUCGGAGGCUGCUGGGUAAUCACUGCUGCUCACUGCAUCGGGCAAAACCCGUCUCUCUCCAUCCCCAAAGACGCUGUUUCUGGUCAAGACAGCAGCACCAACCGAAGGCCAAACCUCGCUACAAUGAUUGUGAAGUUUUCUCUGUGGAAGAGGACCAGAGCUGAGCUCUCGACAGAUCUCGUUCCUGUUAAGGACGUCCACGUCCACUCGCUGUACAACCCCAACACCCGUGAGAACGACAUCGCCCUCGUGCAGCUCCAGAAACUUCCUUUCAGUGACAAAUGUUUGGAGGACAACCCUGCAGUCAGUCCCGUCUGCGUCCCCUGGACCACCAGGCUCUUCCAUCCCAACCACACCUGCACCAUCUCUGGAUGGGGCCAAGAUGGAGCUGGACGACUGUCUCUGUACCUGCAGUUUGCCAGCGUGUCCCUCAUUGACGACUGUCAGAGAUUUUACAACGACAGCUUCAAACCCGGCAUGAUCUGCGCAGGGGAUCUGGACGGCAGUGUGGACGCCUGUGAGGGGGACGAUGGAGGUCCUCUGGUGUGUGAGGACGAACUGGGUGUUUCUUACCUGUGGGGCGUGGUCAGCUGGGGGAGGGGCUGUGGCCGGCAAAACUCUCCAGGAGUUUAUACACAGGUGGCUCAUUACUUUGAGUGGAUCAGAUCUCGUACAGGGUGGCCUGUUGUGACAAAGUUUAACUCCCAAUAACACUCACAUAAACACAAACGUCACAUAAGGAUUACAUUUUUAUAUUUCACAUUGACUACAACUGUGUACGACGGGAAAUUCUACAUUUUAUUUUUUGUACGAUUUGUACAUUGUUACUGUAGAACAAGGGUUUUCGAUAUUUUAAACAAAUAUACUGAUUUACCUAUCCUAAUUAUAUGAACGUGCAUUUUCAGACUUAUUACAAAUAAGAUUUCUGUGGAUCUCCUCGGGGUCGUGGACUCCUAACAAGCCAUGUCAGAAAAGGCAGAAAAAAUAAAAAAGUAAAAGUAUAAUAAAAAGUCA